AUGUCUCCGUGGCCCGUCGCGCUCGAGGAUGUCUCCUUCUUCUGGCGUCUUUCUUUUGCGUUCUUGCUUGAAAUUUCGGGCUGUUGGGGCCGAAGGGUCGGAUUGACCCCCGGAAGAGCCGGCGGGUAGCUCCGUCACAAAAGGGUUAAAGCACCAGCAUCCCAGGGUCUCAUUUAAGGUGUAUAGGCAGACUUGCCAAUGUAUAGGCAGACUUGCCAGAGGUUCCACCUCAUAACAAGUUUACCGCUCAUUAUCCCCGCACAUGGCAUGCCACGCGAUCAUGACCAUGAAAACAUUUUAGUAUCUUAACUGUCACCAUGAUAGCCCAGUACCAACCAUUUUUUGUUCUAGAUACACUAGUGUGGACCACAUUCAUCACCCUGUCUGAGGACUCUGUGUUCCUCAACACGCGUGGUACGAUGAUCAAAUCUUGGUGAUGGUGUUGUGCAAACUAGGUUAAUUCCGAUACAUGUGUCUCCAUGAGCCACUACUGUCUCGAGACACCAAAAGCACAUCUUUAUCACAGAUGAACUUGUGGCGCAUAGAGGGGGGGGUGAUGUGGAAGACUCCUGUCGGAAGCAUAACCAACCAACCACUCGUGCACACACAAAGUAGGAGGAUACGAUCCAUCGGAGUAACUUGCCAUCUGUAGAGUGACAAGUCACACAUCGUUGAGAUCUGUCUCUUCCAUCGUCUUUGACCACCCGCCGAGAGUGGAGGCGGAGAGUCUUCGAUUCUCAUUCCUCUGCCUUCUGCUGGUCACCCUUUCUACCUCUCUCCUCGUUACAUCUCAGGAAAGGAAAUAGCCAUCCUUGGCAGUAGGGGAACACUGCAACGGCACCGGCUCCUGUCUCUGACGGUAGCCUGUGUCCUCAUACCAGUGUAUCUGCGAUUCACAUCUACCGGCGCAGCAGUGGAUUCGUAUUCAACGCGUAAUUAGUACGAGGCUGCUCUAUCAUGUCGGUCCGACUUUGACACCCAUCAGCCUCCUUCCCAGUUGGCUUUUCAGCAGAGAAUCGCAUGCUCGACCGUUUGUGCCGACCUGCGCAAUCCCCUGACCUAGACAUGAACAAAAAUGUACUGUAUGUUGGUGUUGUGCAGAAUCUCGGUACGUAUUGUUGACGCGUGUGACACGAGUUGUUUGUUGCUGAGAUGGCGGUGACUCUCCUCCCCCACCCUUAUGGAGGGUCUCGCAUCGAUUGGUCCUGAUCGGAAGACACGCCACCGACAAGUUGUUAAGCUAGACCACCAGGUGGGGUUGUUCUGUGUGAAUCAUUGUUACUCGGCGGAGUCAAAAGGUUCUCGAUGCGCACAUCCGCCUUACAACGUCGUCCCAUGGUCACAACAGGCGAUGAAAUACGCAAGCAUUUUCGACACUUUUGUAAUCGACCACAUCCAAUCCUUGACUGCAACAUUGCAUGAUUCAUGGACCGAGCAGCGCUGGCGGUCCACCUUUUCCUGCAGCGUUCACGGGGACAACAUGAGGAGGGAGAGAAAACCACGUCCGGGCGAAUGUUGACUCUCUUGACGAAGCUGGCAGGGAAGAGCCCUCCCGGGGAGAUGGGGGAGACGAGGAAAAAUACCCGGAGGUGGCAGGCGAGAGACGACACGGGAUGGCGAGGAGGAAACUCGCACAGGAGACGGGUGUCGAGAGUCAAGCAUCCGAGAGGGAGUUAUAUCCUCCUGAGGAAGCUGGCAGCGAGUUGGGGGCGCCCGCGGGGGCCAGGGGGGUGGCGAGGAGGAAACACCCGACGAAGCUGGCCGAGACGACACUGCCUGACGAGGAGGAUGGGCGGGAGCCAGGGACGGGUUACGGUGAGGGAAAGGCGGUUGGGCUGGGUUGGGUUUUUCGUGCGGCAGGAACUGUCGAUCCCCCAGGAACGAAUACAGAAAAACAGAUAUAUGUGCCGUGACAAAACCGUCCAUUGGAUACCCCGGCUGGUGGAGGAAGGACGCAUUUCGUGCUGGAUGCACAACGCAUUCCAACUACCGUCUUACAUAUUUCUUCCUUCGGCAACUGCCGUACAAGACAUGAGUAAGGCCAGGACCUAUCCUGUUGCUGUGAGUGGGUGGCCUAGGGCGCGUAACAAUUGUAUUGGUCUCGUACCACCACAUCUUCAGAUAUUUACCGUUGUUUGCACAGGAUAUCACCCCCCCGCCUGGUGCGGUGAGAACCCGGCGUGCUCCGUCCCGGCUUUGUAGGGAUGCGAGGUCAAUGGUCUAACGACUACGGCAUGCACGACUAUGAGUACACCCCCCCCCCCCCGGUGUUUGCCUAUCGGGAUUGGGUUUUCGUCGCUUGGCAACGACGUUGUAAAACAAGCCAAUUCACUUCGUGAACUCGGCAACCAGGUUACCGUUUUUUUUUUUUUCCUCCGUUUAUUUUUUUUGGGCGGUAACCAUAAUGAUGGUUGAGUAGAUCAUGUUGUGCGGGGUGAACCCUCACUCCGCGCAAGGGGGAUGAUCGCACCACGUUGUGUUAAAAUGGUCAAGCACCCUCGAGGCAGUUACACAGUGCUUACAACUGUCUCUGGAAGUGAAAGCACCAGAAAAUAAAUUAAUUCAUACGCAGCUGUCAUCCGUACGCAAGGAAGUAAGCACAAGAUGCCGAACACCCUUAGCAGGAUGCAGCGCACCCUUCAUGCGACUCGCCGAAUAUCUCACGGCGCUUCGCGCUUGGUGAUGUGAGAGCCUGGUCCGGUGAGAACCCGGCGUGCUCCGUCCCGGCUUUGUAGGGAUGCGAGGUCAAUGGUCUAACGACUACGGCAUGCACGACUAUGAGUACAACCCCCCCUGAACCAAACUUCAAAGCCCUGUGAGAAGCACUCCACAGCAACAAAGGAAGCGUGAUAGCGUCGAAAAUGGUGGGGAUGGAAACGGGUCGUCGAGAGCUUUCCGAAGACCAACAACAUCGUUUUUUGUAUACUCCAGCCUUUUCGUCGUGGAGCACUCGAGCUGUGAACAUCGACAACAUCGAUACAGGGGGGAUGUUAUCUGGUGUCAAGUACAGGUACACGCAUGGCACGGCAUGUUGGUGCCACACACGCUCCGAACUGCUGUGCAUACCAUACAUCGCUGCGACAGCACUACUCUCAGCUCCAGUAGUCAAGCGUGAACUUCCAUCGAGAAAGCUCCCACCUUGCAGAGAGGGGCAGAGGCGACCAACGUGAUCUCAAAGGCGGACUGUUUUCGUGCAGCGCGCCGAGCGCAACGGCCAAGGUCAACUAUUACGUGUCUCUUGAAGGGCACUUGAGAUGGCGAGACAUUUUGUCGUGAAACCCUUGGACACUUGCGUCCCAAACGACUGCCAGUGGGACUCACACACCUGUUCCACCGUGAGCUGACCUCCUUAGUUGGGAUUGCGUCCGGCCUAGCUGAGCUUUCCGGCUGUCCGUGAUCGUGUCACCAGGUACACUGGUACUGGGACUGUCGGCCGUGACCGAUCUACAUAUCCCCCCUCUUUUCAUGGAGGCGUCCACACGCCGUAUAAAAGCGGCGGGACGUACAGAUUGGCCUACAGAUGCAUGUCACAUCGCGCACUGUUCAAUGAGCAGUAGCAUCUGCUUAUAGCUCAGCAAAGUGAACAUUUACCGUGCUGUAGCCCAGCCACCGUCAGGAGAGGAUCCACACAA